UGUGGAACGUGUUUUUCUUAUUUAUAUUAAGGAAGUCAUUUUUCUCAUUUUUAAGGAGCUUAUUUUCAAAGAAAUAUGUUUCACCAAACAUGAAACAAUAAGAAAACAUUUAUCGAAAAAUCUUUUUCUCCGUACCGAUCGAGCACACCCCUUGAUGUUGCUUCUUUUCUACUUAAAAAGAUUUGUCUAUGACAGCAUCUUGACUUCCAACAGUUGUUUACUCUUUUCGUGUUCCGAAUAUUAUAAUUAGGAGCAGAAGAUUAAUUUAAUAUAUUCCACCGUCCCAUAUCAAUUUUAUGAAAAAAGUGUAAAAUAAAUCAUAGAAAUAAUGUUUAAUUAUUCAUCAUCCUCAGAAGAGUGUGUUGCAUUAGUGAAGGAAAAAGGUUUGAUAAACGUCAACCAAGGUGGUGACACAGUGCUACACUUUUUAGCCAUAAAAGGAGAUGUAUGUGCCUUUAGAGCACUAGUAGAACAAGGUCUUGUUUCGAUAGAAGCACUUCGGAUAAAAAAUAAUGUGAAGGGACAUACGGCAUUGCAUGAAGCUGUGAGAUAUGGACAUAAGGAUAUUGCAGAGAUUAUGCUAAUGCAAGACAGAGAUUUAGUGUUUAUGGGAGAUUAUGCUGGAGAAACGCCGCUAUAUGUUGCAGCUAAAUUUAGAAAGGAUGAAGUUUUUAGACUUCUUGAGGAUUGUGGGAGCGACUGUUUUGCUAAGAGAAAUGAUGGUCGUACUGUUCUUCAUGCAGCUAUUGAUGGUGAACAUUACCGUGAGUAAUCUUUGUUCAUUCCCUGUAUCCUCAGCUGAUAGUUCACCAUAAACUCUCACAUUAAGUUGUUGUAAUCAGGUUUGGCAACAACCAUAUUGGCUUGCUAUCCUUCUGUUGCAGAAAGGGUAUGACUGCAUUGAACUUGUUAGCCACAAAAAGGCCAUCAUUCAAGAGCGGAUCACCGAUCAUGGUAUGUGUUUAGUGAUCUUAGCCGAUCACCUUCCAUUCCAUUUCAAGUCAUUGGAGCUAUAAUCUAUCUUGCUAUCCCAGAAAUGUAUGUCGAAUGUGAAACUGUAGUGGAUCAGGAAGUCCAACAUGACGUGAGAGCUGGUAUCACCAAACGAAGCAGGUCAUCAUUAUGGUGUAAAACAAUAUUAGGUGCUAUAAUUAAUCCUCAAGAAAGCAUUAUUUGGUUUUGUUUUUUCAUUUUUUUAACAGCCAUUGAAGAUAGACUGUUUAUAAUACGUCAUUAUUACUUGCGGAAAAUGGCUAGGGAUUGGGGUAAUUAAUUGUCCAUGUGAAUUGUUUGACAUUUACUACAGUUGAGCCGAGGGUCUUUUGGAAACAGCCUCUCUACCUCUCCGAGGUAGUGGUAAGUUCUGCGUACACUUUACCCUCCCCAGACCUCACUUGUGGGAUUUGUUGUUGUUGAAUUAUUAGACAUUCGAGCAAUAUACCAAUUGCCUAUAUAUGUCUCUUUUUAUUACUAAUGCAUGUUAUAAUUAAUUGAUAACCUGUUUCUUCCCUUUCCUUUUCUAUUGACGCAAUUGGUAAUCUGUUGAUUUCUUAGCUGAAAUGCAUGUUUUGGCCGUCCUACUCAAACCCCUCGAGUAGCUUACUUCUUUCUCUGUAGGUUAGAACGGAAGUCAUAAAUAUUAGUAACUUGUGUUUUUUUUUGGGGAAUUAAACAUUAUUUUAUUACCAAAAAGGCUUAACAUUCUGUACAAAUCCAAACCGCAUUGGCAUCGCGACCAAUCAGUUAGCCAAGCUAUCAACCAUUACAUCAAAGGCAACCAUGACUGGAGAAUCAAAAUGGCACUAAGGAGUAAGGAUAGUAGAGCUCUGCUAAUGUGCUGUUGAGUUUAGGCUUCAAAGAUCCUCUCUGACAGAUCUCCUGCACUGUUCUUCUAGUUAUCCCGUGUCGCUUAGUGGACUUCUCUUGGAAGAUCCUGUGGUUCCUUUCUAUCCAAAUGUGGUAAACUACAGCUGCAAUGCUCAUUCUGAAUAUAGUAUUUGCUGGUCUCUUCCCUUGGACGACUCGUAGGAGGUGAGAAGGGCCGCAUUUCUAUAGGCCUAGUCCAGCUCCUCUUGCCAUGUUUUUGCUGGUCUAGUGGUACCUUGCCAAUUUAAGAGUUUAGUCCAUAUAAGGCAUCGUGCUACCUUGUCCCGUCCUAGAAGUGCCUUCUUGUUCAGCUCAGCACCUCAUGUCCACAGCUCAAUUAGUUCAAUCACCUUUGUUGGUAGUUUAACAUGUUUCAUUGUACACAUUACACCAAAAACGAUCUUUAGCGGCAAUUAGUUAAAUUAUGUUUUCUCGGAGGGCAUUUGUUAGUGACAAUUACAUUUUAGCAGUUUCUGUCAAUGCCCCUAAAGCCGAUAGCGACAUUGGAUCCAAUGCCAAUUAUCUACUGCCGGUUUUAACAUUAGCACUCUUCGUUAAAGUGCAUAUUUAUUGCCAUUAAAAACUUCUUUCGAUGUAGUGGUGUAUUGUUGAUUUUUUCCCAGUGAGGUUUACUUCCGAUAUAAUGUUAAUAGGUCUUCCAUGGUUGAGAGAAGUUGAUAGGAUAAAACGAAAACAUCGACUAGCUUUGAUACUAGCAAAAAGAUUAAUAUCGAAAGAAGAUUGGAGUUGUUAUGCGUUGUCUUCAAGCUCAUCUAUGGCAAGUCCUAUGAAUCCCCUAAUACAAGCCACAAUGCUGGGCAAUACUGAAAUGAUCAAAGCAAUCUUAACAGCAUUCCCUGAAGUUGCAGAUUCACUGGAUGAGAAUGGCAGGAACAUUUUGCACAUAGCCGUGGAGCGAAAAAAUUUACAUCUCUUGAAGAAAAAACUUUUUUUCAAGGAUAGCAUGUUGACAGAAGUUGAUAAAAACGGGAACACCAUACUUCAUUUCGCAUCAUGCGUGGGAUUUCCAUUUUCUUAUUCUUCACCUGCUGCGUCAAUGCAAGAGUCUACUACUGUUGAUCGUGUUGUUUCAGACUUUCCAGUUCUCGAAAUAGCUGACCAGAUGUCACGGGACGUAUAUUGGUUUAAGCAUGUAAAGUUGGAUUGCUUACCGCAUCUAAGGUACCGCGAAAAUUUUGAUGGGAAGACAGCUGAUGAGUUAUUCGAAGAGAAUCAAUCACUUGCACCUGAGAAAAGAGGCAGCAAAGGGGUGUCUGGAUACGAUGAACAGUAUCAUAGUAGUUGUAGUCCUCUUCUGCACAGUGAGUUAUGCAGCUUUGUUUACUCUACCUGGUGGUUUCGAUCAAAAUUCUGGCUUCCCUGUUCUUGAUAAAAACGAUACCUUGUUCAAGUUUCUAGUCCUCGUUUAUGCAGCAAUAUUUUGUUCCUUUGCAUGUUUGGCAACUUUGUUAUCAGUCCAACAAUCCAGGUUCAACACCGAAGACUUUUACAUCGUGUUGCCUUUGAAAGGUUUUGUUGCCUCUCUUGGUUUGAUGUUGUCUGCCGCGUUUACUAUCACUGCUUCUGCACACGCAACAAGGUCAAAUCCUCCUCCUUACUUUCCCUAUUGUAUAUGGGUUACACUGUUAUGAUUCUCAUGUUACACAAUUUAUAUUUUGCUAUUGUCGACUUGUUUUUUAAACAACGUAUGCCAUGAAUCCACUAUCUGAACUCUUACCACAUCCCAUUUUAUUCAUUGUUUGUACUAAAUUUUUUUAACGUACAUACAUGA